UCACCAAGAAUGUACCACGUAUUAUUGAGAACACUGUUUGGAAUCAUUCCCGAUCGCUUCAUGUACAAAAUUGAAAUUGAGUUUUGAUGUACUCAUUCUUUUCAAAUCCUAAUAGAGAUCGAGAAUGAAUAAUUUUCUUACAAAAUGAACACGCAUUGGCUAUGAAUAUUUGCUAUUAUUGACCACUUUUCUCUAUUAGAACAGCAUCAAUCGCUAAUAGUGGGGACGGCUGACAAAAUCUCUACGUAGAUCAGAAAACGGACCACGUCAGCUCACGUAAUAAUUAUCUUCCAAACUGCAACGAGAUCUCACCUCUAGCUGUUUCGUCAUUUUCAUUCUAUUCGCAGCGGUGCAACGGAUUACGAGUCAAUUCAGGUAUACGGAGCGCACGUGAAGUAGAGGGGAGCUAGUGAGGGCUGUUGAGAAAUAGCAGGGGUGGGGAAGCAACAGCGAUUUCAGAAAGGAAAAACUAUGAACGGUGGGGACAGUCGACAUAACGCCGCAUAGACAAUAAAACGAGGUGCGUCUCAGUUCGCCUAUUUAAUUUAUCUUUCAAGCUGCAACGAGAUGCUACUUUCUCGCUAUUUUGUAAUACUCAUUCUAUUCGCAGCAGUGCGACAGAUUACGAGUCGAAUUGGUCGUCACAAGGUAUAUGCUGAUAAUCAUUUUGAUUUAUUGAUUUUCACCCAACACUGGCCAGAAACGGUAUGUUUCGAAUGGGAAGAAACAGCUCCGUCUCAUCAGUGUUUUUUACCAAGACAUCAAGAAUGGACGAUUCAUGGGCUUUGGCCAUCUCAGAAACAUGAGAUAGCUCCAGCAUUUUGCAACAAGACCCAGCAUUUUGAUGAGUCUGUCUUACUGCCUAUCCAAAAUCAAAUGGAGGAGAAGUGGAUAAAUAUUGAAAAGGGAACACCACACUUCUCACUUUGGAAACACGAAUGGGAGAAACAUGGGACUUGUGCUUCCGUACUUCCUGAAUUAGAUUCAGAGCUGAAAUAUUUCAAAAAAGGGUUGGAGUUACAAAGGGAAUAUGAUAUGACUCAUGUACUUGCUAAAUGCAAUAUUUUACCUGGUAAAAAAUACGAGGUUCAAGCAAUUUUAGAUUGUGUGAACAGAAUAUUAGGCCACACUGCACAGGUUGAAUGUGUCACGAAUUCGAAAACCCACGAGUCCCUUCUGUUUGAGAUAAGGAUUUGCUUUGACAAAAGCCUGAAGCUUAUCGAUUGCAAUGACGUUCCUGCUUAUCCCACUAAUUGCCAGCGCAAGAAGCCUGUAACCUAUCCAGGCAUUGUACCUUCAGAGUACAAUGUUAUACUAGUAUAAUCAAAAUUUUUACAAUCAAUUAGAUAAUUAAAAAUAAUAGCCUGUGAUUAGCGCAUAUUAUAAUUAUGUAUAUACACACUCAACUUGCCAAUUUACAGCAUGUUCAAACCUGACAACAAAACGCAAAUUUUGAAUUUCGAUUUGUAAGCAUAAUGUAGUAUAUUUUUAGUGAAAAUAAAAUUCAUACUAUACAAUUA